AUGGCUCUCACGUCAGAGGAGGUCAACUACCUAGUGUACCGGUACUUGGUGGAGUCCGGCUUCUCGCACGCUUCCUUCACGUUCGGGCACGAAUGCAGCAUCGACGACACGAACAUCAACCCCGACGACGUGCCGCCGGGCGCGCUGAUCACCUUCAUUCAGAAGGGCAUGCAGUUUUUGGAGGUAGAGGCUUCCCUCAACGAAGGCGGCACAGACAUCGAAGGCGACUUCGCGCUGCUCACCACGAAGGACCUCCUCAGCAAGAGCGUCCCGGAGCUGCGCGCGACCGUGCGGCGCCGACGCAAGCAGCUCGGGGCGCCCAUGACCGAGGACGAGCCCAUGGACCUCGGCAACGACCGCACCGCCAACAUCAACGACGACGCCGUCCUCAAGCUCGACGGCCACAGUGCCGAGGUGUACACCUGCGCGUUCAGCCCCGUCGUGCGCGAGGACGGUGAGGUGGACCUGGCGACGUCGGGGGCGGACGCGUCCGCGCGGCUGUGGGAGAUGCCCUCGACGGUCGCGGCGUCCGCGGACGUGGGGUCCGCGACGCUGCUGAAGCACCCGCGCGCGCGGGACGUGUCGACGAUCGCGUGGAGCCCCGACGGGGAGCACCUGGCCACGGGCGCGCACGACGGCCUGGGACGCAUCUGGUCGCGGUCGGGCGAGCUGCUGCACACGCUCGAGUCGCACGGGGGGGCGGUGCUGGCGGUGCGGUACAACCACGCGGGCGACAUGGUGGCGACGGCGUCGGUGGACAAGACCGUGGUCGUCUGGGACGCCGCGACGGGGGCGCUGCGGCAGAAGUUCGAGACGCACACGGGGGGAGUGAUGGCGCUCGACUGGCUGUCGAACGACACGCUGGCGACGGCCGGGAGCGACCGCGCGAUCCACGUCGUGCAGGUCGGCGGCACCGGCACGCCGCGGACGACCUUCCUGGGCCACAAGGACGACGUCACGGAGCUGGCGUGCUCGCCGUCGCGCACGUUGCUGGCGUCGGCGUCCGAGGACAGCUGCGCGCGCGUGUGGCGGCUGCUGCCGCGCGAGGAGAACGGCGCGGAGGGCGCGGGGUCGGCCGCGGCGCCGGUGGUGCUCAAGGGGCACACGCGCGGCGUGCAGUGCGUGGCGUGGCAGCCGGCGGCGGCGCUGCGGGGCCGCGCGGACGCGACGGACGAGGGCCUGCUGGUCGCGACGAGCUCGAUGGACCACGGCGUGCGGGUGUGGCGGGCGUCGUCGGGGGAGUGCGUGCACGCGCUGCAGGCGCACGCGGGGGCCGUGCACUCGGUGGCGUGGUCGCCGGACGGGCGGUGGCUGGUGUCGGGCGGGAUGGACGGGAAGGUGUGCGUGUGGAACGUGCACAGCGGGGAGUGCGUGCGGCGGUUCGAGGGGCGCGCGGCGGUGCACUGCGUGGCGUGGCGGCGCGACACGGCGCAGGUGGCGGCGGCGACCGUGGACGGGCCGGUGCUGGUGUUCGACGUGAAGCUCGACGACGAGCCCGAGGCGCUCGACGGGGAGAUGGAAACGGCGAGCUAG